CCAACGGCACGCGGCGGCGCACUACUACGGUGCAAUCCAUCACCCCACUCUUUGCCUCCCUCCCCACGCCACCACCUACCUUCCUUUUCUUUUACUUUACACCAGUCCAGUCAACUCUUGUGACACACACCAACAUUCCUCCUUCUUCCAUCAUCCUACAUCAUCACUAGGCACCCCACCGACAUCUACCCCCAAUCACAUCAACCUCCCCCCCACGCUCUCUCACAACAACCCAUCGCACAACACUCCCCCCCCCCCCAACUCCCCUGCGGCAAUGGCCGCCCACGACCCAAACCCCAACCCUUCCGACGUGUCGCCUCCCGCGACCUUCACCACCCUCACCGGGACCAGCAGCAAGGAGAAGGCCGACGACAUUGAGCUCGGCCCCGUCCACUCCGACUCUCAGCUCAACGUCCCCGACGUAGUCCACUCGCGAUCGCGCUCCACUGCUGCCUCGUCGCUCGACAAUGACGACAAGGUCCCCUCGCCCCCAGCGGCACCCAGCACCACGGUGACGGCCGCCACCGGGUCCGAGAAGAAGAAGAAGCGCUUCGCGUUUGGCAAGAAGAGGGCCGAGGACAAGGACGGCAAGGAAGCCAAGGACGACAACAUCCCCAAGCCCGUCGGCUUCUUCCGCCUCUUCCGCUUCGCCACAAAGUUUGAGCUCACGCUCAACUUUAUUGGUCUCGUGCUGGCCGCCGCUGCCGGCGCGACUCAGCCCCUCAUGACCCUUAUCUUCGGUCGUCUGACCACGGCGUUCAACGUCUUCGCCGUCGUCCUGCUCACGAUUGAGAAGGAGGGUAUGACCCCCGCCAAUGCCGCUCGCCUCGCCGAUGCUAAGAAGACGCUCAAGAAAGAUGCUGGCGACAAUGCCCUCUACCUUAUGGCUAUUGGUCUCGGUCUCUUUGUCUGCACCUACGCCUACAUGCUCAUCUGGAACUGGACGUCCGAGAAGCAGUCCAAGCGUAUGCGCGAGGUCUAUCUCCGCUCUGUCCUCCGUCAAGAGAUUGCCUACUUUGACGAUCUUGGCCCCGGCGAAAUCGCAACGCGAAUCCAGUCAGACUGCCACUUGGUGCAGGUGUCCAUCAGUGAGAAGAUCCCCAUCGCCCUCUCGUUCUUGGCGACCUUUAUCACUGGUUUCGCUCUUGCGUACGCCCGUUCGCCUCGCCUCGCCGGCGCCCUGACGUCGAUCCUCCCCGUGAUCAUCAUCACCGGCAGUAUGAUGUUCAUCACGAUGACCAAAUUCACGACUAAGUCGCUUUCUCAUGUGGGCAAGGCGGGAACCCUUGCCGAGGAGGUCGUCUCGUCCAUCCGUACCGUUCAUGCCUUUGGCACCGGUCAGACUCUUGGUGACCGCUUCGACGAGGAGAUUGAGCUCAGCCGCAAGGCUGGCAUCAAGGGCUCUGCCAUUGAGGGAACAGGUCUUUCGGUGAUGUUCUUCUCCAUCUACGCCGCCUACGCGCUUGCCUUCGUUUACGGUGGUGUGCUCGUUGCCCAGGGCAAGGCCGAUGUUGGUAUCGUCAUCAACGUCUUCAUGGCCAUUCUUAUCGGUUCAUUCUCCAUGGCCAUGAUCAGCCCCGAGCUCCAGGCAGUGUCAAAGGGCCAGGCCGCCGCUGCCAAGCUCUUCGAGACCAUCGACCGCGUCCCUGCUAUUGACUCUGCCGACCCGAGCGGUCUGAAGCCCGACCAGGUCGAGGGUUCCCUUGCCUUCAAGGAUGUCGUCUUCCACUACCCAUCGCGCCCGAAUGUGCCCAUCCUCAAGGGCCUGACCGUCAACUUUGAGGCUGGCAAGACCAUUGCCCUCGUCGGUGCUUCAGGUAGUGGCAAGUCGACUGUGAUCCAGCUCCUCGAACGCUUCUACGACCCUAUCUCUGGCUCUGUUUCUCUUGAUGGUCGCAACAUCAAGGAGCUCAACCUCAAGUGGUACCGUCGCCAGAUCGGUCUCGUGUCCCAAGAGCCCACUCUAUUUGCCACUACUGUCCGCGGAAACGUCGAGCACGGUCUGAUUGGUUCCAAAUGGGAGAACGCCUCCGACGCUGAGCGCUUUGAGCUCGUCAAGAAGGCCUGCAUCAACGCCAACGCCGACAGCUUCAUCAGCAAGCUCCCCGAAGGCUACGACACUAUUGUUGGUGAGCGCGGAAUGCUCUUGUCCGGUGGUCAGAAGCAGCGUAUCGCCAUCGCCCGUGCCAUCGUCUCCGACCCCCGCAUCCUUCUCCUCGACGAGGCCACCUCGGCUCUGGACGGCCUGUCCGAGCGUGUCGUCCAGGAUGCUCUUGACAAGGCUUCCAUCGGCCGUACCACUGUCGUCAUUGCCCACCGUCUCGCUACCAUCAAGGACGCUGACCGCAUUCUCGUCAUGGGCGAGGGCGAGAUUAUCGAAGAGGGCACCCACUACUCGCUCCUUGCUGACGAGAACGGCGCCUAUGCCAAGCUGGUCUCCAACCAAAAGCUCUCGCAGCAGGCGGCUGACCAUCUCCCCGCCGAUGUCGAGGCCGUUGACGACGACGAGGUCUUCGUGCCUGGCCCGGCUUCGCCGCUGGCCUCGCCCAGAGACGAGAAGCAGCUCAAGCUUACUCGCUCCAUUACCGGUCGCUCCAUCGCUUCGCAGAUCCUUGAACAGCAGCGCCUCAAGCGGGAAGAGAUUGACAAGCGUCGCGAUAAGAUCCCCUUCAUGAAGCUGUUCAUUCGACUCCUCAAGCUCAACCGCGAGUACUGGGUCGCAUAUGUCCUUGGUACCCUUGGCGCCAUUGCCUCUGGUCUCGUCUACCCGGCUCUCGCGAUCCUCUUCGGAAAGAUCAUCAACGACUUCACCAUUCAGGACCCCCAGGAGCUCAAGCGGUCCCUCAACCACAAGGCGCUCUUUUACUUCAUUGUUGCCAUCAUCGCCGCCAUUGUCAUCUGGUUCCAGAACACUUGCUUCUCGCGUACCGGCUGGGAACUCUCCGCCAAGCUCCGCAAGCAGUCGUUCCGUGCCGUCAUGCGCCAUGACAUUGAAUGGUUUGACGACGAAAAGCACACAACUGGUGGUAUCACGUCCAACCUUGCCGACCACCCCCAGAAGGUUCAGGGCCUCUUUGGUGUCACCCUCGGCUCGAUUAUCCAGUCGUGUGCCACGCUCCUCGGCGGUAUUAUUAUCGGUCUCUGCUACGGCCCUCUCCUGGCUCUCAUCGCCAUCGCCUGUAUCCCACUUGUCAUUUCAUCGGGCUACAUCCGUCUCCGUGUCGUCGUGCAGAAGGAGGCCAAGACCAAGAAGUGGCAUGCUGCCAGCGCUCAGCUUGCCUCCGAGGCCGCUGGUGCUGUCCGCACCGUCGCAUCCCUCACCCGCGAGGACGACAUCGACCGCAUCUACUCCAAGUCGCUCGAGACGCCCAUGAAAAUCUCGAACAAGACCGCCAUUUGGUCUCAGAUGCUCUACGCUGCGUCGCAGGGUAUCUCGUUCCUCGUCAUUGCGCUUGUCUUUUACGUCGGUGCCCUCUGGCUGAUUGACGGCCGCUACAACCAGGCGACCUUCUUCACCACUCUUACCGCUGUUCUCUUCGCGGCCAUUCAGGCCGGUAACGUCUUCACCUUUGUUCCCGACGCCUCGCAGGCCAACUCGGCGUCUCGAUCCAUCUUUGAGCUUCUGGACGACGACACCGAGAUCGACGCCCUCUCGCCCGACGGCAUCAUCCUCGACCCGUCCAAGGUUGUCGGCAAUGUUCGUCUCCACAACAUCCACUUCCGCUACCCCUCCCGCCCUAGUGUUCGUGUCCUUCGCAACCUCACCGUGGACAUCCCCGCCGGCAAGUAUGUCGCCCUCGUUGGUCCCUCGGGUUGCGGCAAGUCGACUACCGUCCAGAUGCUGGAGCGCUUCUACGACCCACAGUCGGGCUCUGUCACCCUCGAUGGCACCGACAUCCGCGAGAUCAACGUCGCCUCAUACCGUUCGCAGCUUGCCCUUGUGUCGCAGGAACCCACGCUGUAUGCCGGCUCGAUCCGCUUCAACAUCCUCCUCGGUGCCGCGAAGCCCCAGGAGGAAGUCACCGAAGAUGAGCUGAUCGCUGCGUGCAAGGACGCCAACAUUUACGACUUCAUCAUGUCUCUUCCUGACGGCUUUGACACGGAUGUCGGAGGCAAGGGCUCGCAGCUGUCUGGAGGCCAGAAGCAGCGUAUCGCCAUUGCGCGUGCUCUGAUCCGCAACCCCAAGGUGCUCCUGCUCGACGAGGCCACCGCUGCGCUCGACUCGACCUCGGAGCGUGUCGUGCAGGCUGCCCUCGACAACGCCUCCAAGGGCCGCACUGUCGUUGCGAUUGCGCAUCGUCUCUCGACCAUUCAAAACGCCGACAUCAUCUACUUCAUCUCUGAUGGAGCCGUCCUCGAGAAGGGCACACAUUCCGAGCUCAUCGCCAAGGGUGGCGCCUACGCCGAGCUGGUUCACAUGCAGAACCUUAGCCGUAUCCAAUAGAGGGGAUCAAGAGCUGCGGCCGAGCCUGGGCGGCCGCGGCGAGUACAGGUAUUUUAAUCAUAGCAGUUUUGUACGUUAGCAUAUCAACCACUCACUUAUACUCCCUCCCUCCACUCCGAACACUCUCUCCUCCAACCCACACAUCUCCCUUUUCUUUUUGCUCCACACUGCAGUACAGCAUGGUAGUCGCCGAAUGUAUGUCGUCGAUGCGCG